AUGGAGACCCGCAAACCAGAGACUCGUGAAGCUCAAAGUUGUCUGGUGAAAAACCUCCCUCCUACUGAAGCUCUGGUCGGGAUUCAGCACGACAAAAAACCCGCCCAGAACCACCACCCAACCGGCCCCGCCCGCCAAUUCCCUCCCAUAGCCCAGAAAAGAAUGUCAUCGUCGUGUAGGCAGGCCAUCCGGCCGCUGCGGCGAUGCCUGAACAACAGCAUAGCCACGCCGCUGCCCAUACGGAGGAGCCUGUCGACGACGCCCGCCCCGGCCGCCGAAGUCUACAAGGUGUCGCGCGAGCGGCCCGAGACCGUCGAUCCCGUCGAGCUCGACCCCAACACGGCCGUCGCGCUCUGGGCCGAGAAGGACCUCUGGAAGGCCGGCACACCGCCCAUUGGUUCAAGACGUCGCCGUUACGCCAUCCGUACGAGCGCGAACCUGCCCUUCGAGCAGCUGCCCUACCAGGCCUUCCAGGAGGCGCGCAAGAUCCUCGCCGCCGACCGCCAGGAGAAGCUGCAAGCCAUCAUCGCCGAGAUGCAGAAGAUCAAGAGGUUGGAGGGCAUUAAGGGGGACAAUGUCAGGGGAGGGGAGAAGAUGCGUCAGAGGAAGUUGGCCAGCAUGCGCCAACAUGUCGAAAGGCUUAAGAUUCUGGCCGAUAUCAACGACCCGGCCGUCAAGAGGCGCUUUGAGGAUGGACUUGGUGACAUGAACAAGCCCAUCUACCGCUUCCUCGCCGAGCGCAAGUGGCGUGCCUACGAGGCCAAGAUGAUCGAGCAGCGUAUCGCCCAGUUCAAUAUCGUCCCCGACAUCCUUCCAAAGUUGGAGCCCACCUACGACGUCCAGCUCUUCUUCCGCCGCGCCAAGGUUCCCCCUGGCAAGGUCCUCCCCAGCAACGUCACCGAGGUGCCCCCGCGCCUGCGCGUCACCCCAUUUACGGCAGGCGAGCGCCUCGUCUCCAUCGUCGUCAUGGACUCGGACGUCCCCUCGGCCAAGACCGACAGCUUCAGCAAGCGCUGCCACUUCCUCGCCGCCAACGUGCCCGUGUCGCCCACGACCACCUCCGUCCCGCUCUCCAAGAUCCGCGACCCCUCCCAGCUCGCCGUCCCUUACCUGCCCGCCUUCUCGCAGAAGGGCGCCCCCUACCACCGCCUCUCUGUCUUCAUCCUCGAGCAGGCCCCCGGCAAAACCCUCAACACCACCAUCCUCAAGGAUCUCUACUCGGCCCGCGACGGUUUCUCCCUUAAGUCCUUCCGCGACAAGUUCCAGCUCAAACCCGUCGGCUUCAACCUCUUCCGUACCAUCUGGGAUGAGAACACGGCCGGUGUGAUGGAGCGCGCCGGCAUGCCGGGCGCCGAUGUCGAGUUCCGCCCGACGCGCGUUUACUCCCUCAAGGAGCCCAAAACACCCCGCGGCUGGGAGGCCAAGCGCCAGGGUCCCAAGUACAAGCACUUGUGGAAGUACACCAAGCGCAUCAAGGGGUACUCCAACGCCAAGGGUCUCAUCAGGAGAUGAGCGGCCUGGAGUUGUCGGUGAGGAGGCAGUCGAGAUGCAGGAUGGUUUUGGCCGUGGAGCCGGACCAGAACAUAACGCAGCGGGAGCCGGAAGCGGGGGCUGGGGGAGAGCGUGCGGUGCUGUCAAAAAGUGUAGAAUACGUGUACUUUAUGUGGUAUCAUCUGACUGUAGAUGGGUGCAGUCCCAAGGCUGCGGUAGUUAUAGAUCACCUACUGUCAACUCUGAUUUGUUUACGGCGCCCGGUAUACCGGAACCCUGCUGGUCGACUCUUACGAAACUGGAAGCCGAGUGGUGCAGGAGGGCAAGUUUCGGUGUAUCGAUCUCUUCACGGAGCUUUGUGGUCCCUGCGAGCCCCCUGGGAAAGGAGUACGACGUUGGAAGAGCAGCGUCCUGACCUUGUUGAAGCUUUUUUGACUCGCCACGUGGCAGAACGAGUCCAGCUUGGCUUGUAAGCGAUGUAUUCUGGUUGAAUUAUCCAUUUAGAAGUCGGUUCAGACGGACCUUUGCCAUUGGAGGGUGGAUUGUUUUCAGGGGUAGAGUUCAAGUUGUGUUGGUGAAAGUAGUGGCACUGGAAUGCUUGGGUAAAGCAAGUGAAGCUAACCACACCAUCAUCUUCAACCUUUCUUUUGAUGCUUCUACCCUUUUGCAAGCUAGCAAAGAUGCCCAGGCUCACUAAUUUGUUCUCUAUAUACGACUGCAAACCCAGACACAAUCGAACUGUGUGUCAAGAGACCGAUGACAUGACCCAAAAGCGGCCGAAGCAACC